CAGUUAAGGAAAAUGGUCCUUUAUCGAGCCUCUAUGUCAAAUUAUAAGAAAACCACACACAACUUAGGUCAAUUGUGUGAAUUAUAAAAAUUUCCCCUUUCUUUGAAUUCUAUCGCAAAUUAGGGCUUGUAUUUCAGGUAUGUUCAAGCUUCUGUAAUUUUUUAGUUUUGGGUGAACUCCAGUAAUCCAAAAUACUGAAAUUACCAUAUCAAUAUGUAAAUUUGCCCAAAUUCCAUCCAAAUCAAGUGGAUUGAGCACUUUGAACUACUUGCCACUCAUGGUCCUUGACUAACGACAUAUUUCAAAUAUACCGGGUCUACUUCACUCUCACACAGCUUUAAAAGGAAUGGCUGCAUCAGCAAAGACACCAGCUCUUGACAAGCCUAAGCCAGCUGAAGAGUGGACAGUUGUAAUGCCUCGUCGCGGGAAACAGAAAAGAAAUUUUCAUAAAGGUAUCAUCCAUGAACAGCAAAAACAAGAGCAAUUAUGGACUCCAGCAGAUACUGAGACCAAUCCGGAGAGAGAGUCUAAAUUGAUGCAGAAAAUACAAACCUGCAUUAAGAAACUCGAGAGUUCUUCCUUCUGGUUGACAUUUUUGGAUCAGUUACAAACCCCUGAAAUAUUUGAUUGGUUUCUAAAAGCUGUGGGCUCAGAAGGAAAGAUGCAGAUGGUAAUAUAUGGCAUUGGUAGCAUAGAAUCGUACGAGCCUCCUCGAUUGCAGCUUAGUCUUGCAAUCUUAAUGAAAAGAAUGUUUAGUUGGAUUGGGGAGGUAGAAAUAUUUGAUCCAGUGAUCUGUCUGGCAGAAUCUAGGGUACUAGCAACUCUUGGUUGUUCUGUCCUAACAGUAAAUGAACAGGGUCGACGGCAAGCUUUAAGACCUACAAUGUUCUUCAUGCCACAUUGCGAAGCUGAACUGUAUGACAAUCUUCUAGAGGCAAAUUGGAGGCCUGAUCUGUUGAAUAAUAUUAUCCUGUUUGGAAACAGUUUUGAGGCAUAUGAGCAAGACUUGUCAGUGUACAAAAACCUUAGAUUUGCUGAUUCUAGGAAGCAUGUCCUAGCAAUUAGGCAGUUCGUGAAAGAGUUUGGAAUUGAUUCUUCUUCAGAUGAUUUUUUUCGAGCCUUCCAUGGUUCAAGUUGGCAUUUCUUCAAUGUUGAUCCAGAUUUAGACCUUUGUAGUGUUAAACCAUGAACUCUUUCUUCGUUUUCUGGAUCAUAUGAACAUGAAUAUCUAUUUUGUAUCAACAUGUCGGAAAGUUCUCUUCCUUUGUUUUCUGGAAUUAAAGCCUGUCUUCAAGCUUUCAACAUUUUUAUUUGUCAUGUCUGUUGGCUGAGAUGCUGCCUCAUCGCUCCAUGAUUGUUUCGUCAUGUGCAUGCCUAUAGACUCUUUAACGUGUCAAAAUGAGGAAUCUUCAAGAUUAAUAAAGAUUUUGGUGAUGUUGUA